AUGCCACCUAAAAAGAAGCCACCCAAAACAAGAGAAGAAAUAUUAGAACAAAAACGAAUAGCUGAACAAUUGAGAUAUCAACGCCUUAAAAAUGACCCUCAAAAACUAGAAGAAAUGAAAGAAAAAGAAAGGCUGAAAUACCAAAAGAAGAAAGAAAAAGGGAGCAUAAAAUUGGUUAAGGAUAUGAGUCGUCGCGAGCAUAAGGCUGCUAAAAAGACUUGGAAAGAGCGCUGUACUAAAUAUCAUUCUACUACUGGCCCAACAUUAGAAUGUCCGGCGCCAUUAAGGUCGUCAGAAAAUGCAUUAGUUGAGGCAAGAAAGAAACAGGCUAGAAAGAAACGUGCAAAGAUAUUGAAAGAUAAAGACAAUAAGAUUCAACAAUACAAACAGAAAUUGGAAAAAUAUAAGAAAAGAUUACAACGGUUGGAACAAAAACUUAAUAAAAACGGUAAAAAAGAUGAGACACCUAACACAAAACUAACACGAAUGUGUGUCACUCCAUCAACUCGCAAAGACGUUGUUAAGAAGGCACUUUUUGGGGAAGUAUUAAAUAAACAAUUAAAAGAAAACUAUGCAGGAUUACAAACACAAAAAGAGAAACAUAUUUUCGGAAAAGUUAUAUCAGGUGAAUUGGUUGAAAAAUAUAAGUUAUGGAGGAGCCAAGAAAGUGUGGUGUCCUAUAAGAGGCUUCAGAAAAUUAAAAAUCUAUCAUUAUUACCCACAACACGGACUCGACUACCACUUAUUGCAUCCGAACAUAUGAAGAUAGUACAAAAUUUUUAUGAAAAUGAUGAUAAUAGCAGAAUUGGUGCAGGAAAACGGGAAUGUGUAACCAAGAACAGAGUCAAAAAGCAAAAGAGAUACUUGCUAGAUACAUUGACCAAUUUGUACCAGAAAUUUAAGAGUAAUCACUCAGGUCUAAUCAGUUAUCAGACAUUCUGUCGUUUGCGUCCAUUCUGGGUGGUAACACCCAAAAUAAAUGAACGGGAUACAUGCCUUUGUAUCAGACACGCAAACAUUGAUAUGAAAUUAUCUGCCUUGUACUGCCGGAAGAUUUUGCGCUACGAUAAUCAUAAUAAAUUGCUUGAAAAAACUUGCUGUAAUCGUUAUGAUGAGCAAUGUUUAUCUCGGGAAUGUCAGCAUUGUUUCAAUAAGAAUCCUGAUUACCAAGAGUUUGAUGAUAGCAAGCCUAUAGUGUAUAAAAAAUGGAUAGCUGAGAAACAAGAUUACAAAGAUCCAAAGUUAAAUAAAGUACGAUCUAUAACAAAAUAUGUGAAAAAGAAAAUUACGGUUAGUCCUCGUGAAUUAAUACAAGAACUACACGAUGAACUGGAUGCGUAUUAUAACCACGAAAGAAACAUAUUUCAUCAGUACACAGCUAUCAAAGAGUUAAAAGAGAAUCUUAAUGAUAAUGAAGUUGUUAUACUCAUGGACUUUUCAGAAAAUUACUGUACCAAGUACAGUGAGGAGAUACAGGCCUAUCAUUUUGGAGGUUCUAGACUUCAGCUUAGCCUUCAUACCGUGGUAGUUUACACUAAAAAUGCCUUAAAAUCCUAUUGUACUGUUUCCCAAAAUACUACACACUCACCUGCUGCUAUUUGGGAACAUUUGAAGCCUAUUUUUAGAACUUUACCAUCGCAUAUUACCGGCAUUCAUUUUAGAGUGGCCAUGGCAAGAGUGCCGCAGAUGGUAUUGGCGCCACGUGCAAAAGAUCUGCUGAUGCUGUCGUUGCUGCAGGAGGAGAUAUCGAUAGUUUGGAAUCUUUUAUAG